AUGUCCCCCAUCCACAGAAAGCACAUGGAAGUGCUCGGGCUGGGUGUGAAGGGCACAGCUAAUGACGCGAGCAACACCCAGCGCCCCGCUGGCGCGCUAUCGCGGGAAGAGGAGCAGCUGCCGCGGGAGUCAUCCCUCACCACCGGCGCCACGGCGGCGGCGGCAGCCGCCGCAGCGUCCGGAGACGUGCGUCAUGGUCCUCUCCCGGAAGAAGACGACCUUAGCAACGCCACCGUUGUCCUCGCAGCCGCUGCCGAAACAACAGCGACGAGGCCACCGAUCUUCGGCAGCGGCCUUCGCAGGUUCUCCGACGCCCUGGCGUCUUUGCCGCUCCGCCACCUGCUCAUCAGGGGGUCCAGUUUUGCAUCCCCCCUAAGGAUCACGUCGGUUUGCCUGGAGCCGUGCCAUACACCUGGCGCGGAGGAGACGGCGGCAGCGACUCGGAUGACGGCGCCCGCACACGAUGCGGGCGCCAACGUCGUCACUCUUAUGCGCUCGCUGCCCAGCCGCACCGCCUCUGUCGUCAUGCCCUCCCUGCGCGCCUUCCGCGAGCGGCUGUGCAAGAUGUCGCUCACGCAGAUUCUGUGGAUUAUCCUCCUCGUCGCCCUCGUGAUGGUCGGGAACUUCAUGCAGAUUGUGAUGCUGAACUUCUGGCUCAUCUCCUUCCCCUCCGAUGGGACGCCUGGCAACUACACCGCCUUCGCCGUGCCGGGCAUCUUUUUCGCCGUUCUCUUCGUGCUCCUCCUCGGCGCCUACACCGCGAUUCGGCGGCCGUCGCUGCGCUUCGCCAGGCACGCGCACGGCUGGGUGAUCCUCAUCGGUGUCGGUUUCUGCGACGCCUUCAACAGCUGGUUGGCCACGUACGCCGCGUCGUACACCUCCGAGGUGCUGCAGGCGCUCUUUUCAAACCUCUGCCCCCUCUACGCCGUGUUCCUCUGCAAGUGGAUCCUGCACGACACGCGCCGCUACGCCAACGUCUACAUCGUCUCCGUCUUUGUGCUCACCAUAUGCGGCAUCCUCGCCGCCUCGCUCUACGGCCUCAUCAAGGACCACAACAUGGGCGAGGGCAAGUGGUGGAUCCUCAUCUUCUUCCUCUCCAUGCCAUUUCGCGUGCUCAUGAACGUGUGGCAGUCCCUGUACAUGAUCGUCUACACCCACGACCCGAACUUUGUCCUGUGGCUACGCAUGCGGCUGGCGACCGCGGAGGAGGCCGCCGAACCGGUCUCCGCCGCGGAGAGGGGCAGCAACGAGGUCACGCCCGACACCUCCGACACAUUUUUCCGGGGUGGCGCCGACGUGGUCGCUGGCCCCGCCUCGCCUCUGGACGCCGACUGUGCAAAGGUGGCAUCAUCGAUCGCGCGCUAUAACGACCGCACGUUGAUGAGUGGACUCGAGGACGAGGAAGACGACAAGGAAGAGCUGCGCAACGCGAGACCUGCAAGGCACGCCAAGACGAAGCUAGCAAACUCGGUGAAGCCCAGCUCCGUAGAUGCUAACGACGAUGAUGCUGUGGGGGACAGCACGGAGGCGCAUGAGCCGGUGGCAAGCGACAGCUCUGAUGGCACUGCUAGUGGUGGUGUUGCCAUCACCCCUGCAGCAUCGCCAGACGAGCCCGCUACGAGUCGCGUGAAUGAGCAUGGUGCGGUGCAUGACCUGAGUGGUGUUGAGGACGGUGAAUACUUGCGUCCGACCGCGACUGGUGCACCGCCGCUGCCGACGCGGACCAUGUUCACGGUGCGCUACAACCAAGGCGAGGACACCGUCGUCAAGCUCGUCAUGCUGGCGGGUGAGACGGUGAUACAGCUGUGCUUCACGUUGUGCCUGCUCCCGGCGGACGCGCUGCCGUGGUGGGGCAACAGCGAAACCGUCAGCGCGACUUUGGACAACUUCGCCGAGGGCAUCCGCUGUGUCUUUACAAUCCGCGACAACUUCCUCUACUGCUUCCUGUACACGCUCGGCUUCGUCUUCACGUACGUCGGGUGCGCCUACCUGAACCACUAUAGCGCUGCCCUGUGCUCCAUCGUUACCCAGCUCUCCUCGCCCGUCACAGCGCUCAUGCUCGUCAUUGUGCCGAGCUGGAACGUGCAGGUGGACGGCGACUCGCCGUGGUACUACAACAUGUUCGCCAUCUUCUUCCUGUGUGUCGCAGCUCUCAUCUACGUCAUGUGGGAAGAGAUGACGGAUGCCGAGAAGGUGCAAGCGGAGUACGAGCUCAAGAUGAAGGAGCUGCGCGUGCGUCCGUCGUCGCACGAGGCGCCACAUCUCGUCACGAUGCAGGGGUGA